CUAUGCUGCUAGUAUAGAUGCUUCGUGGUCCGGUGGUCCUCUCCACUCCACAGUGUUUCCACGGAGCGCUGCACAAGCCCUAAAUUGAGCUGCUACCUUAGUGAAGUUGUCCAGCAUCCCUGUCCAGAGAGCUCUAUUGCAGGCACCAUGCUCCUCAGAGUCUCUCUCCUGCUCCUCUCCGGAUCCAUUCUCCUCAACUGCAUCCCUGCACAGAGGAUUAGAGUGAGAAGACAGAACAUGAAGGUUCGCAUCAACGCUACGGGCGACACCAUCGUGAUGAAGUUUGUCCGUCCCAACCCUGACACCAAGCUGGAGGGCUACAUCCUGGGCUACGGCAGCAGCAUGUUCUCUAAACAGUUCAUCCAGCUGCCUGAGAAUGGAGAGCCCUACGAGACUGAGAUAGACGCUGAACCCAAGUAUCUUGUUGCUGUCCAGCCAAUCCCGAGCAACGACGUAAAGAAACAAUGCACAGGAAAGGUCAACCUGGAGAAGCCACUCCACCUGGUUAUUGGCUCCGUCACCCCAACCUCUGUGCUGCUGUCCUGGGGAACCUUCCUGAAGACGCCCUACGAAGCAGGCAACAUCAUGAACGACUGUUUGGAAGACGGACACUACACCGUCCGCUACAGGGAGAGGAACAGGAAGUGGAUCUACCAGACCUGCCCCACCAGCGACACUGUGGUUGACAACCUGAAGCCCGACACCCCAUAUGAGUUUGGGGUCCGCUCCAACAAAGACGAACGCAGCGGAAUCUGGAGCAAGCCUGUCAUUCACAAAACCAACAUGGGCGCAGGGUUGGACAAAAGCGUCCAGAAACCCUACAAGCACCGGACCCCUAUUGUGAAGCCAAUGAAACCACCCAUGUCCCGUGCACUUUUCCCACCUCGUCCAGUUAUUCACAAUAAGACUCAGCCUAGACUCCCUCUGACCAAAAACCAAGGUUUCCCAGGAGCUCCCAAGACAUCUUUUGCACCACCAGAGAGACACCUGGAAGCUAGACCUGACCCCCGCUCCAAUGAGCCUCAAUGGCCACAGUUCCCACUGGACGGAGGAAACAGUAUUAGAAAUGCUUCCUCUCAUCUCGUGGACCUCCCUCCUGCCCCCCCCCAACUCCUGCCCACCAAAACCCCCAGUACCUCCUCUGCCACCCCUGUCCUUAACAACCCCUCUCCACACGGUGAAAAGCAACAGGGAAAGACCCAACCCAGGGGACCUACUAGCGCCACAGUGAAGCCACAUAACCCUUCCUCUGCUCUCAGCGAAACACAGAAAGGAGCAUCACUGCUAACCCCCGCCCUGGGCAGUGAGAAAGCCAAUAAUAACAACUUGGGUCAAGGCAGCCAGAGAAAUUUGAAACCCCAUGGCCCGGCCAUCACACUGAUAGCCAGGACCAUGAAGUCUCCUGCUGCCACAAACCCUCUCUUUCCCUUCACUGAUGGCUCAAGACAAAAUACCCCAUCCUCCUCUUCCUCUUCUUCCUCAUCCUCCUCCUCAUCCAUUCUUCACAGGUCUAAUAACUCAUCACAGACCUCCGGAACAACAGGGGGUCAAGGCAGCCAGAGAAAUUUGAAACCCCAUGGCCCGGCCAUCACACUGAUAGCCAGGACCAUGAAGUCUCCUGCUGCCACAAACCCUCUCUUUCCAUCCACUGAUGGCUCAAGACAAGAUACCCCAUCCUCCUCCUACUCUUCUUCCUCAUCCUCCUCCUCAUCCCUUCUUCACAGUUCUAAUAACCCAUCACAGACCUCUGGAACAACAGGGGGUCAAGGCAGCCAGAGAAAUUUGAAACCCCAUGGCCCGGCCAUCACACUGAUAGCCAGGACCAUGAAGUCUCCUGCUGCCACAAACCCUCUCUUUCCAUCCACUGAUGGCUCAAGACAAGAUACCCCAUCCUCCUCCUACUCUUCUUCCUCAUCCUCCUCCUCAUCCCUUCUUCACAGUUCUAAUAACCCAUCACAGACCUCUGGAACAACAGGGGGUCAAGGCAGCCAGAGAAAUUUGAAACCCCAUGGCCCGGCCAUCAUACUGAUAGCCAGGACCAUGAAGUCUCCUGCUGCCACAAACCCUCUCUUUCCCUUCACUGAUGGCUCAAGACAAGAUACCCCAUCCUCCUCCUCUUCCUCUUCCUCAUCCCUUCUUCGUAGGGCUAAUAACUCAUCACAGACCUCCAGGACACCAGGGGCCAAUGGUAAGCAUCACAAAGGAACCGGCCUCCCCAAACCAGUCGUUUGGAACAGACUGAGAAUGGCAAACACAAACAACUCGCUGUUGGAGGACAUAAACCCUGAUGUUUUGGGCCGUUCAGGCUUCUCUUCCAUUGAGGACCAGUUCUAUGGAUCUCGUCCGUCCAUUCCUGUCAACAAAAAGACCAACCUGGUUGGCAAACCUGGUGAUAUGAACAAGCUGAAUGUCUUGAAGCAAACAGACAAGGCCUCCAUUUUGAAGAAGUUUCCAUCAGUGACGGCUAAACCUGCCAAGCAAGACCGCAGACACACAACAACGACUGCACCAUCAGUCAACGACAUCUGGUUUGAAACCUGGGAGAACUCCUCAUUAUUCAGCUCCCUACCAGCCUCUGACGUGGACGCAUUGGGAAAGAAACGUUUCGUUGCACCCCAUGUAGUCUACAAGACGGACAAGAAACCAGACGAACCUUGUUCCAUCACCACCUCUCUCAGCUACUUUCCAGAGGAGGAGGGCGGGGAGACAAACGUGACAGCCCCGCCCAAGUCUCCGCCCUCCAACCUCACCGUGGUAACGGUGGAGGGAUGCCCCUCCUUCAUCAUUCUAGACUGGGAAAAGACAGACAACGACACCACAGAAUAUGAGGUCAUCUCCACGACGAAGGGACCAGAUGGUACUCAGGUGUCCAUCCUGACCACCAACCAGACUCACACUGCAGUGGAGAACCUCAAACCCGAGAGCAGCUACGAGUUCAAGGUGAAACCCAAGAACGAGCUUGGAGAGGGGCCACCCAGUGAGCCUGUGUCCUUCAACACUGAAUCAGCGGACCCACGUGUGAGUGAGAAUGUCUCAGGGAAAGAUGCCAUCUGGACCCAGUUCCCCUUCAAGACAGACUCAUACUCAGAGUGCAAUGGCAAGCAGUAUGUGAAGAGGACCUGGUACCGCAAGUUUGUGGGCAUCCAGCUCUGCAACUCCCUCCGAUACAAGAUAUAUCUGAGUGAUUCUCUCAACGGUAAAUUUUACAACAUUGGGGACCAGACUGGCCAUGGUGAGGACCACUGUCAGUUUGUAGACUCGUUCCUGGAUGGAAGGACAGGAAACCAAGUCAGGGCUGACCAGCUGCCAGCAAGAGAAGGGUAUUACAGGGCUAUGAGACAAGAGCCUGUCAACUUUGGUCAGAUAGGAGGGAACUCUCACGUCACCUACGUGUCAUGGUACGAGUGUGGAACGGCCAUUCCUGGCAAAUGGUAGGACCCCCCCAAAGCUGUCUGUGGAGAAGCCCGAAGGAUAUACAGUACAUAUCAAACCGGCUGGGAAGGUGGCAGGAAGGGUCCUUCUACACAUCCAAUCAGUCUCUGGAUGCUACAUAUCCCCAUCCAUCCGCCUCCGAACCCCAGCCAUGUAAAAACCUGUACAGGAUCUCCGGGUCAGGUUAAUAUAAUGUCCAUAUGUAAUAGCCUUAUCUUAUUUAUCAAACAUGACAAAAAGUCAAACGGAUAAAAAGAACAUAGUAUGAGAUAGAUGGAGAAACUUCUAACAGUGUGAGGUAACAAACAUACAGUAGAUAUCUUUUUUUUGUUUUAAUAAUGGGAAGCUGGCUCCCUGAAACUUAUUUUGAUAACGUGUAUAAUAUUAUUUAUCAAAGUGUUUGAUGCCAUGUUCCGAGUUCUAGGAAAUGGGUUAUAAUGCAAGGCUUUUGCUGUACAGUACGAGUUGUAGAGUUUCAGACAACCUGCCGGAAUUUCAUGGUUUCAUUCAGUGACCGAUUCAUGGUGCAAGAAUUGUUCCAUAAUUUGGUCAGUCUUAGGGCUCUAUUCAAUCCGUAUCGCUGAAGCUCAGCGUUGCGGCGCAAUUGAAAUUUAAAGGCAAUAUUCCCGAGUUAGCGGAGACUGCAUUCAUGGUAAACGCUGCAUAUGUCGGCUCAAUGGGAAAUUACCUUUACAUUUCCAUCACGCAAUCUGUAACGCUUCAGCGAAACAAAUUGAAUCCAGCCCUAGUUCAAUAUACACCUUCAGAGAAGAUAAUGCUGUAAAUAUUAACAUGAAGUCCACUCUCACACAUAUCCACUAACCAGUGGAGGCUGCUGAGGGGAGGACGGCUCAUAAUAAUGGCUGGAACGGAGUGAAUGGAAUGGCAUUAAACAGAUGGAAACCAUGUAUUUGCUCUAUUUGAAAACAUUCCACUAAUUCCCCUCCAGUCAUUACCAUGAGCCCAUCCUCCCCAAUUAAGGUGCCACCAACCUCCUGUGCCAGUAGUUCAUUGUAUGAAUGUUGACCGAGCAAAGUCACCUAAAACCAAAAACAAGCAUUGGAAAAUAAGCACACACGCAGAGGAAGUCUCGUACCAAACCAAUAUUUCUCAUUCAUUAGCCCUGAUAUAUGGGGUGGCUAUGCAUGGGAGGUCUUUACACUUGCAAUUUGCACAGCAUAAAUGUAUUUAUAUGUAUAUGGAGAGAAAGUAUUUUUUCAACUAACUUUUUCAAAAGACACGUCCCUUAAAGCAAACGCUCAUACUUCACAGUGUUCCACUGGCAACAUUUUACAUCCUCUGAUACAACACGUUGUAUAUAUAUCAUGUUGGAAAAUAAGAGGGAUAUCUUUCCUUCUUAGUAGCCUUGAUAAAUGGUACAGAGAGGAGUCCUGUUGAAUGAUUUCUUAGUUUUGUACAAAAAUACACUUUUGGCUCAAUGCGCUUGCAGAUCAGUGUUUUUAUACUUAUUUUUUAUGGAGAAUGUUUGUCAUAUGGAACUGUACUCUUGUUUUUUUAAACAUACUUUCAUUUCUGUAUCUAUUUUCAAUAAUAAAAACAGAAGUUCUGUUACUUUUUUAUUUAAAAAAUA